AUGGUUGUUGACAUUAUUCAUCCUAACCGUGCAUCAGUGCCGAAAAUCGAGGUUCGCAAUAAGUUGGCGCAGAUGUACAAAACUACACCUGACUUAGUUUUUGCUUAUGGCUUUCGUUGUCAUUUUGGUGGUGGAAGGAGUACUGGCUUUGCCCUAAUUUAUGAUACGGCAGAUUUCGCCAAAAAAUUUGAACCUAAAUAUCGUUUGCUCCGGCAGACAGGAUCAAAAGCCGAGAAAUCAGGUCGUAAGCAACGAAAGGAGCGAAAGAAUAGGCAGAAGAAGGUACGUGGAACAAAGAAAUCUAAAGUUUCCGCCGGGAAGAAAUAA